AGGAGGGGCGUAGGAGGGGCUGUCCUCAGGGUGCUGGAACUGUCUGUCCUUUUACCCCUUCCUCACCGCCACCAUAAGGGGGACCAAAGGCGCAGCUUCUCCAGGCCAUGCCUGGCCUCAGUUUCCCCACUUAUAAAGGAGAGAUGUUCUAGGAAGGCAGGCCCCGAGGGCUGGGGGUGGCAGUCGCAGGGCACGAGGCCUGGAUGCAGACCACAGAGGCCAGGGGCAGGAAGGCAGAUGGAGGAGGCUGGGAACCUGCUGCCUGCGGAGAGAGGCCAGGGAGGGGUGUGGGGGAGGGGCAGGGGAGGAAGUCCUUGCCUGGGCAGGUCACUGGGAGGCUGGCUCGGGGCGGGGCGGCGAUGGAGAGCAGAUCGGAGCUGGAAGCACCUUCACGCCUCCGCCCAGCUGCCCGGGGAGCCCAAGAGCCCAGCCAGGCACUCAGGACACCUGCCGCGGCCCAUCGUGCUCAUGGCGUCCACCGCUUCAGCUGCACCCAGGCCCCUCUCUCCACCCAGCCCGCCCGGCAACGGCAGCCAGAAGGAGCCGGUGGGCGCCCGGAACCCGGUGCUAGUCCGCGCAGAACUGGCCCUGCUCUCCACCGUCUUCGUGGCCGUGGCCCUGAGCAACGGCCUGGUGCUGGGGGCCCUGGCACGGCGGGGCCGGCGGGGCCGCUGGGCGCCCAUGCACGUCUUCAUCGGCCACUUGUGCCUGGCUGACCUGGCCGUGGCACUGUUCCAAGUGCUGCCCCAGUUGGCCUGGGAUGCUACCGACCGCUUCCACGGGCCCGAUGCCUUAUGUCGGGCCGUCAAGUACCUGCAGAUGGUGGGCAUGUAUGCCUCCUCCUACAUGAUCCUGGCCAUGACGCUGGACCGCCACCGUGCCAUCUGCCGCCCCAUGCUGGCAUACCGCCAUGGAGGGGGGGCACACUGGAACCGGCCAGUGCUGGUGGCCUGGGCCUUCUCCCUGCUCCUCAGCCUGCCCCAGCUCUUCAUCUUCGCCCAGCGCGACGUGGGAGACGGCAGCGGGGUGUUUGACUGCUGGGCCCAGUUUGUGGAGCCCUGGGGCCUUCGUGCCUAUGUUACCUGGAUCGCCCUGAUGGUGUUUGUGGCACCCGCCCUGGGUAUCGCCGCCUGUCAGGUGCUCAUCUUCCGAGAGAUUCACGCCAGUCUGGUGCCAGGGCCAUCCGAGAGGGCGGGGGGCCGCCGUGGAGGGCGCCGGACAGGUGGGCCCAGCGAGGGAGCCCGGGUGUCGGCAGCCGUGGCCAAGACCGUGAGGAUGACGCUUGUGAUUGUCAUUGUCUACGUGUUGUGCUGGGCACCCUUCUUCCUUGUUCAGCUGUGGUCUGUGUGGGACCCGGAGGCGCCUCGGGAAGGUCCCCCCUUCGUGCUGCUCAUGUUGCUGGCCAGCCUCAACAGCUGCACCAACCCCUGGAUCUACGCCUCCUUCAGCAGCAGUGUCUCGUCGGAGCUGCGCAGCUGGCUCUGCUGUGCUCGGAGGCACACUCUGCGCAGCCUGGGGCCCCAAGACGAGUCCUGCGCCACCGCCAACUCCUCGCUGGCCAGGGACACGGCGUCCUGAGCGCUCAGCCGCCCGCCUGCCCGGGCCGGCCCUGGGAACUGCUGGGGGAGAGGGGCCCGUGCAGCAGCGGCCAGAGCCUGCGGUUUGCUGUGCCACACCGUGAGGCCCUGGGCAAGCUCUGCCCCUCUGGGGCUCCCCGGCCCCCGUUGUCCAAGGACAUCCUUGGGCUCCAAAACCGUGAGUGACCCCCGAGGCAGCUCCUCUGUGCCUGGCAUGACGGGAGAGUGCAGUAGAGGGCCAUGGUGUGUGUGUGGGGGGGGGCAGUAGGCAACCUUCCACCCGGGCAGGUGCUCCCCAGGGUGCUUCCUGUCUCUGCGUCUCUGACCUCUCCCUUCCCACUGGGUCGCCAGUAAUAACUGCAGCUCAUUUCCAUGCAGCGAGGGUUCUCCUUGGAGAAGGAACUCUGUGGAUGCGCAGGCAUUGCACAGACCUCCACGGAGCUCCUCACGCCCACAGACACGUGCACGGCUCUGCAGCCCACGAGGCUGGCAGCCAAGCCUUUAAAGGCACAGGGGAGGGGCCCGUGUUGUGACACAGCGGGCUAUGCCACCGCUUGCGAUGCCGGCUUCCCAUCAGGGCAGUGGCUCGAGUCCCGCUCCUCCGAUGCUGAAGCAGCUCCCUGCCCAUGCACCUGGGAAAGCAGCGGAGGAUGCCCGGAUGCGUGGCCCCUGCACCUGUGUCGGAAGCCUGGAUGGACUUGCCGGCUCCUGGCCUCAGCCUGGCCCAGCCCUGGCUGUUGCAGCCAUCUGGGGAGUGAACUUGCAGAUGGAAGAUUCCUCUCCCUCUCCCUCCCCCUCCUCUCCCUCUCGGUUUCAAAUAAAUAUAUUUA